AUGGAUUCAACAAUUAAGGAUCAGGCUGCAACUACUGGAUCCACUCCAGGAUCAAAGUUACGAUACCCUUUAAGAUCGGCUACUAAAGUGAAAGAGGAGACAUUGACUACUACGCCAUCUUCGAAGCGAUCUGAUUCAUUUUGCAUUUUUGGGUUUAGUUUGUAUUGUGAGUUUCAAUUUUGGGGCAGAGCUGCAUCAAAAGGUUGUCAAAGUGUCAUUGGUCUCGAACUCUCUGCCAAAGAAAAGGACAAGUCUGCUAAACCACCUCGUAGACUCUCCAAUCCUACCAAGUCUACUGUCAGCCCAUCGCCAAGAUCAAUUGGUACCAUAACACCAAUAGCUGAAGCUAGAGGAAAAAGGUCAAAUGCUAGUCAAGGAAAGGCCGGAACACCUGGUUCUGAUGUUUCCAAGUCACUGAUCCAGCGAAAGUUCAAUGUUCUGGCCUCAACAUCGUAUUGGCUUAUGCAGAUUAAACUCGCUGAAUCUGUUGGGAAGCACAUAAUUUCAAUAGGUUUCUUUAAACUAGCCCUCGAGGCAGGAUGUGAGCCUCUUCAGCGGAUGAGGGAUGAACUGAAAGCAUAUGCACUGCGAAACAAUCUUACUGAAUUUGGAGAUUCUGUUAAUGAAUUACUCAAAAGCUACAGCAUUUCUGAAGAUUUGGAACAACUACAAGUUUCCCAGACUUGUUCACAUGUACCUGAGGGAACUCAAUCCACUGAAGAAGAUGUUAGUAGCUGCACUUCUAGUGCAACUACUAAAUCUAGAAAGCUUAAACCCAAAUCCUUGAAUUCAGAAAGCUUCAAGUCUAUUGCAGAUUCAACUAAGGAGGGUGCUAAGAAACAAAUUCCUGCAAAGAACAAGGUAUCAUCGAAUGACAGUCAUGUGAAACCUCAACGAGUUUCUAGUAGGCAAAAGGCUAACAAAGAAAAGGAAACUACCGAGGACAAGGAAAACAGUGAUAACAAGUCUGCUGAUGAAUUAGAUCCAGUUGAGGAUAAAAAGCAAGACUACAAAGAAAAUAUGGCCCAGCAGAUGGAAGAGAUUAGCUUGACUGAAGUGUAG